CGCGUGAUCCCAGCUUGAAAUCUGCACAGCAAACUGCAUCUUGCAGCCUCCCGCAUUCAAGAACCCCAUCAUCAAAUCGCGCCCCUAUAGAGUUAUCUGACAUCCUUGUGUAGUCUCGCGCGUUAGUUUUGACAUACACAACAACAACCCUGCGCCAAUGCAUGCGAAAGCUUGCAGUAACAACUCGGCCUCACAGAGGUAGCACAUUCCGCGACAAUGCCAUCCAACCGGCCAGGGCUUGAUGCGCGUAGGUCAACGCUUCAUUAUACGACCUUCCCAACUAUUCCCCCUAAGUCUCGCGGCCGACCACCAUCUGACGCCCCAUCCGGUCAAGAUGGCAACCGCUCCGAAGAUGGCAGCCAUACUCACCACGAUUCGCCCCUACCGACGAAGCAGCUCAUCGUACUAGCUGUCAUAGCUCUCGCCGAGCAGACGGCCCUCAACUCGAUAGGCCCUUAUCUGCCAGAGAUGACGAAAUCAUUUUCCGCAGUUAAGGAUGGGCAGACUGGUCUAUACGUCGGACUCAUCGCGUCGUCUUUCGCGUUGGCGCAAUUUACUACAAACUUCUUUUGGGGCUGGUUGUCGGAUAAGAUCGGACGAAAGCCGGUAAUAAUCAUGGGUACAUUUUUGACCAUGUGCUGUUUUCUGGCUUUUGGCUUCUGCAGAGAGUUAUGGCAGGCUAUACUCGUGCAGGCCCUGAUGGGCUUUGUCAACGGAAAUUCCGGCGUCGUGUCGACGUGUUUGGGCGAGAUUACGGAUCGAAGCAACCAAUCGCGCGCCUUUACCUAUCUGCCUGUCGUCUACGGUAUCGGUGGCAUAACAGGACCGAUCGUGGGAGGACUCUUGGUGCUCUACCAGAACCCGUUCAACAAGAGCCAGUCGAAUCCCUACCCAUACCUCCUUCCGAACCUCUUCUCGGCCCUCGUCCUCGCGAUAGACCUGAUAGUGUGUAUGCUCUUCUUGGAGGAGAGUUUGGAGGAAGCCAAGAAUCUGCCACCUCUUGGAAAGAGACUGGGCAACUUGUUCUCGUGGAUGUGGCAGUUCACGAGCUCCACGCGACCCACCUACGUACGCCGCCUACUAGGCAAUCACAAGAACCACAACUCGCACGAUGAUUUGGAUGAUAUGGACGAGGAUGUCGCGUCCGACGCUUCUGGAGAGUCUGCGCCUACACUUUUCCCACACAGUAGCGGCGACGAACUCACGCGGAAGGAGAUCUUGAACAGGGACACAGUCCUGCUUCUCAUAACGUACUUCAUAUUCCAACUCGCUAACAUCUCGUACAAUUCCCUAUAUCCCAUUUUCGCGGAAGAGCAACCACCCACCGGACGCGGACUGAAGCCUGAGGCUGUCGGACUAUCUCUGUCUUUCGCAGGCGCCAUCACGAUACUGUUCCAGGUGGGUAUAUUUGGCAGGCUCCGAGGCAAGAUGGGCAACAGGAUGGCGUACAGAGUCAGCUUAGGGCUGUUCAUUGCAGCCUUCGGUCUCAUGCCGUUUGUUGGCUACAAAGAGAGCAAUGGAUACAAAGGAAUUGGUACGGGUGCUGGGUGGUUGUGGUUUGAGCUUGGCGUUGUGCUGGUCAUCAAGACGAUUGCAGGUGUCGGUGGUCUGACAGCUGCACUCCUUAUGAUCACCAACUCCGCACCCAAUCACAACGUGCUCGGCACUCUCAAUGGCCUCGCCCAGACGCUCUCUGCUGCCGGUCGCGCUGCUGGACCCUUCGUGUCAGGUUCGCUUUUCACAGCAGCUACCAAGCUGAAGCCCAAAGGUGAAGCCCUACCUUUUGGCAUCUUCGCUGGCAUCGCACUCCUCGGUUUCCUCCUAAGCUUCGGUAUUCGUGGCGAUGGAUUGGAAGCCGAAGGGUGGAGUGAAGAUGAUAGCGAAGACGAAGAUGAAGAGGAGGAGAUUGGCGAGGGCGCGAAUGAACGGACAGGUCUGAUACGGAAGUGAAAGGUCCGUCAUACCUAGUACACAUUACGGCAUACUUGCAUGGCUAAGGCCCCCCCGAAACUUGUCUAUCAGCGCGGCGUUCACAUGGCGGAUCUAGAAAUUAUUUGCUGAUUGUGGUUUCAGCCAAAUCAAUAUCAAUAUUCUCUGAAGAUGCAUUGUGACAUUUGUUGUAAAUACAAGCAAACAUGGAGUCUUCGACAGAGGACACAUGACAACCUCUGAGAUGUUUCCAUAACUAAGGGAAGCUCGGCAUAUUCACUUAAUAGGCGGCUUCCCUAAAACAUACACGGCCUGCUUUUAGCAUAGCGGUUUGUAGUCUAUUUGAAUGGCUACAGGCGCACUAAAUUCCAUCUAAAAGCGACUGCGAAUACACCGUAGUCAUGAUCAUACUGUUAUAGCCGAACGUUCUCAGUUGCC